AUGUCUUUAAAAUUUUACAUCAUUUUUGCUUUUAUUCUUCUUAUUGCGUGUUCAACCUGGUCUGCUCCUGUCAGUGAAGGAGGCAAUGGUGAUGGUGGUUUAGUUAAACUGGAUGCUGUUAACGGCACCAGCAAACGUGAUUCCACACCCGAACAUUCAGGUUUUAUUAAGAUGGCCGACUUCAAGGACAAACGUGAACCUUCCGACAAAAACCUAUCUAAACGCGAACUUGGUGAUGAGCUUUCUGAACGCGAACCUGCUGAUGGGCUUUCCGAACACAAAAUCUCUAAACGCUCUAUUAUCUAUUAUGGUGUUAUUGCUCUGGUUAUUUUUACUGUGCAUAUUGCAACUAUGCCUCCCCAUCUUAUCUU